AUGUCGAAUCCGCCUUCUGCCAUCUCCAACAAGUCGGCAACCUCGUCAUCCAAGGCUCCUCAAAUCUCGAAUUCGAGCCAGCCCCCUCCCGCUCUCUCCUCGACCCAGCAGGUCUUCUCCAACGACUCCUCCGCCCGCCGAUCAGGCGGUGGCGGGGGCGCCUCCAAAUCACCCGCUCCACGAAACAAUCAGUCCGCCAAGCCGAAGCACAAGGCAGGAAAGCGAUUCCGGGCGCUGGAUGAGGAUGCAGAGGCUGAGGCAUUCAGCAUGCAGAAUCCACACGGCCGUCGCGGCCAACAGAGCAUCACCCACUUGAUGCAAUUCGCUCUCCCGCCUCGACCCAGCGCGCAGCAGCAAUAUCACAGACACAGCUACAAUGGUCCGAGGAGGAACAGACAGUACAAUUCCACCUGGGGCUUGGGGAGCGGCUAUCAUGCGGUGGAUAAGGCCAGGUAAGCACCCAAGUUGAAGCUCGAAGGCGACGAGCGCUGGUCUGACUGGCGCAGAUAUAUACACGCCAACUACCGCUUCAUCGUCGAUCCUCGUGGCGACUACCAUGCUCAAGCCCAGGACGCCGACGUACAUCUCGACUGGAGCAAUGUUCUGCAAGUUAUUGCUUCUUCCAAGACUCAGACAGCGUCAUGUCCUAUUUGUCUGAGCGAGCCCACAGCACCGCAAAUGGCAAAGUGCGGGCACAUUUUCUGCUUACCAUGUCUGAUCCGAUAUAUGCAUUCCGAAGACGGCUCGGGUCCUCCUCCCGAGAAGAAGGCGAGGUGGAAGAAGUGCCCCAUUUGCUUCGACAGCGUCUACGUAUCCGAGACUCGACCUGUAAGGUGGUACACUGGCCAGGAAAACGAUCAGCCACGCGAAGGCGGCGAUUUCGUCCUACGUGUGGUCAAGAGGAAGCCGGGAAGUACCCUUGCCAUGCCGCGCGAAAGCGCCAACAGCAUCGGCAAGGAUGAGGACAUCCCGUGGUACUUCGCUGCCGAGGUCAUGGACUAUGCGAGAGUCAUGAAGGGGAGUGAAGAAUACAUGCUGCAGCAGUACGAUGAAACACUGGCAGCCAUAGAGCAACAAGAGAAGGAGGAUGAGUUGAUGUUUGGUGAGGGUACCGAGUGGACUGGACGCGCGGUUCGCAUGAUGCGAGAAGCGAAAGAGAAAGUAAAAGGCAUUGGCAAUCCGCCUGCCCAGCCGCAGAAGCCAGUGCCUUCGGAAGCAGAGGUGAAGCCGGACAGACCACCAAUUGAGUUCAACAAGAGCGACGAAGGCGUGCCUGAUAUGUACCUGCAGAAGCAUGCUGAUGGACCGUCUGCUCCUGUUUCUGCGGAGUCGAGCGAGGAACAGAGCGAAGCAGCGUCAACGGUCAGCGACAACAUUCCACGAACGCUCACCGAGAUGCGGAAUCGACAUACACAACGAGCGGAGCCAUCGGAAUAUCUGUUCUAUCAUGGACUACUGCACUAUUACCUAUCGCCGCUCGAUAUUCGCAUCCUGAAAGCUGCGUUCGGCUCCUACAACGCCUUCCCUUCGAGCAUCCUCCCACGAGUGGAACGAGUCUCCAGCGGACACGUGGUGGAUGACGAGCUUCGCAAGCGCACCAAGUAUCUAUCACAUCUUCCGUAUGGCUGCGAAGUCGGCUUCCUUGAAUGCGACUGGAGAGAUGUGGUCAGCGCGGCUGUGUUGGAAGAGUUCAGGCCCAUGCUCGAGAGGAGGAGAAAGCGGAACGAAGAGAAAGACGCACGGGAAGAGAAGGAGCGCGUGCGUAUUGAGAAGGCCGAAGAGCGAGAGUAUGCAUCGAUCCGAUCACGAACGCGGCCGUCUAUACCGGAUGCAGAUGGGUUCUUCACGUCAUCCCUGCCGAACAACCUACACUUUGACGGGCCCCAUAGCGACGCAACGUCGACAUCACCACCUUACCCUUCCAACGCGAAUCGUCCUGGCUUCGGCUCCCUUGCGUCUCCUUCCACAUCCCCGAGCAUGCCUCGCACUGUCUGGGGCACAGCUGUAGUAUCGCCAUCGAGUCCCGAGCAACACGCUACACUACCACGAGAUGAUACAUUCAAGCACGGUGAAGAUGACGGAUGGCUACAAGACUGGGAGAAAGAUCUGCUUGAUCAGCAAGAGCAGACUGCUCUCAAUGCCAGCAUGGACGGCCUGAACGUCUCGGUAAACGCCAAGCCUUCCGGCAGCGGCGGAAAGAAGGGCAAAAAGAACAAGAAAAUCACUCUGAUGAGUACCGCUAAUGGUGCGAGGAGAGGUGCAUGA